CGGGGCUGAGCCAGCUGGGACCCCUCCCUAGACGGAGGGAGGGGUCAACGAGGCUCGAAAGUCUAACAGGGAGGGGCCCUACAACGUGUCGACAGCAGGUAAGUCCAGGAAGACACUGCCACACUGUACUCGUAUGCUUGCCUCCGUAUGAUCCCGUCUGUAAUCCACAGAGGGUCGUCGACGACUGAAAUGUUAUCAUCAGCAUUGACAUCUGCAGCACGUGGGCUCAGAAAGAAAGCUAGUUCUAUGUCUGGGAUAUCCUCAUUCUCCACUACACCGCUUGCCAAGAGUGCUCCAGCAACACCGACCAGACAUAUGCAGUGCAGCGGCCCCAAAUCUGUGGGCACAACUAGCUCCUGGAAUAAUAAUAUUGGAGCAGGCUAUGCGGAGCCCUUGUCUCCACCACAGCGGUCUAGUUUUGCUGGCAGCCCUGAGGAUUCUGGUGUGAGUCAAGGAGAAAGGUCAGAGGCAGAGUGUGGAGCAGUAGGUACGAGCACACCGGCUGCAUCUCCACCUUCUCUGGUUCGUUCCGGCACUUGCGUAUCAGAUGGCAGUGUAGAUAUGAGGUCGUGCAUGGAUUCUCCAGGCACACCUCGUCCAUUGAAACCUCGUUCCUGGUCUUGUGAUGACAAUGGCUUUCUACAAUCUUCUGCCGGGUCCUCGUUGGCAGGAAGUGAGGUUCAAGGUGGUGAAGUUAGACAAGGGCAAGGCGGAGCAGAGGUCUUCAACGGCGAUCGAAAGGGCAAUGGAGGAGUCCCUGUUGUCUAUGUGAAUGGAGGUGAGCCGUUGCAGCUAUUGGCCUAUCAAUACAAGAAUCUUACUAUGCUGAUGCUACUACCUUCUCUGCCCCUAAUUGCAAGUGCUGCAAGCGGUCUCAUCAGGGACCAGCUACUUGACAAGGGCAAAGCUGACGAUCUGAAGGUGGAACGUGGAUGCGGGUGCGACGUGGAGCCGAAGAUACCGGCUUGCCUUGCAUCUUUCGUUCGUAGCGUGCGAGAACAUCCGGAGCUGUUGCUUGGAGUUCCGCACGGGUCAACAACGGUCAGCUCUGUGACUGCAGUACGCAAAGCGUACCAAGUACUCGGUUGGCCUGUUGCCGUAGCGCCGCUGGGAGAUGAUGUUGCCGUAGCGCCGCUGGGAGAUGAUGUCGCCGACCUCUUGAAAACCGUCCAUAGAGGGUGGGUUUUACGAUCGUCCCCCGGGAUAAUCGUCAUGUUCCCCUGGCGUGUAAAAAGCCAACUUGGAGCAAUGAAAGACCGGGUAGACGGGCAAGUGGGCGGGCACCUGAAUGGUGAAGGAAGGUCCUUCGGGUGCAUCCCCAGUGGGUGCCACGAUCGGCCAAGGCCCCAUCCAUUUCGGGAGGAGCUUGCGAGAGAUAUCUUGUUCAAGCCUGAAUUCCGCGGCGGAAACCCAAACGAGAUCAUCGGCGCGGAAUGGGCAAGGAAGACGUUGGCGAUUGGCCUUUUGGCUCAUGCGUUGCUGUGUCUUGGCCAUCUGGUCGCGUGUCUUGACAAGUAGCUCUUGCAUCCGACGCAAGAAAAAAAGAUGGUCGUCGCUCUCAGCCGUUUGUGGAAUGAUUGUGUCCCACGACGAAGUGGCCGGCGAG